GCAUAUAUAUACACCUGUGGAGUUUAUAAUUCUUAAGACAUUUUAGUCAUAAAAAAUUCAUCAUACAUAUGAAGAUGGCUCAACCCAUUGCUGCCAGAGACCCUUCUUCCAUGCUCUCCACAUUUCUGUUCAUUGGGCUGCUUGUUGUGGCAACCAUUGACAAAACAGGAGCCCAAAUCGGUGUUUGCUACGGAAUGUUGGGUAACUUGCCACCAAAGCAAGAAGUGAUAAAUCUCUUCAACCAAAACAACAUCAGAAGAAUGAGACUUUACGACCCAAACCAAGAAGCCCUCCAAGCCCUAAGAGGCACCAACAUCGAGCUCAUGCUCGGCCUCCCAAACCCCGACCUUCAGAAGAUGGCCUCAAGCCAAUCCGAAGCCGACACGUGGGUCCGCAACAACGUCCAAAGCUACGACAACGUCAAGAUAAAAUACAUCGCCGUAGGGAACGAAGUCGACCCCCGCGACCAAAACGCUCAGUUCCUCGUCCCAGCCAUGCGAAACAUUCAGAACGCGAUCAACCAGGCCGGUCUCGCCAACCGGAUCAAAGUCUCCACCUCCGUCGUGUUCGGUUUUGUAGAAGGCUUUCCGCCGUCGAAAGGGUCGGUCAAGCCGGACUACAGGCCGCUUUUCGACCCCAUUAUCGGGUUUUUGAACAACAACAGAGCUCCAUUACUCGUGAACGUGUACCCUCACCUCAGUUACAAAGAUAACACGAGAGAUAUUCGUUUGGACUAUGCUCUUUUCUCGGCUCCGUCGGUGGUGGUCCGUGAUGAUGGCUCUGGACUCGGGUAUCAGAAUCUCUUCGAUGCGAUGUUGGACACUGUUUACUCGGCAUUGGAGAAGGUCGGCGGAGGGUCUCUGGAGGUUGUGGUGUCGGAGAGUGGUUGGCCGACGAGUGGCGGGACCGGCACGACGGUGGAGAAUGCGAGGACUUAUAACAACAACUUGGUUCAGCAUGUCAAGAAUGGGACUCCGAAGAAGCAAGGAAGGCCUAUUGAGACUUACAUAUUUGCUAUGUUUGACGAGGCUGACAAGAAGGGACCAGAGAUUGAGAAGUUUUGGGGUCUUUUCUCUCCAAACAAGAACCCAAAGUAUUCAAUGAAUUUCAAUUAGUUGAUAAGUUUUUAAUAAUAUUAGUUACCAUAAAUUAUUUCAAAAAAAAAUAUAUAUGAGAUGACACUCUAUCAAGUAUCAAGUGAAUUCAUUUUAAUUGAAUUACAUCAAUAAUAAUAUAUCUUUUUUUUGUGUG